AUGAAAAUUGUUGUGGCAUUUCUGGUGGUGCUGGCCACCUUUGGAGCACAAUCUCAAGGAUAUGAGGUUUAUAACAUCUUCAGCCCACUCAACAGUGGUGGCAGUGCUCAGGAGACAGUGACAAUUGACGAUGAAAAAAAUGCUGCCAUAAUCAAUGUCCAUGCAGGGUCAUGCUCCUCCACCACGAUUUUUGACUACAAACAUGGCUACAUUGCUACCAGGUUGCUCUCCCGAAGGGCCUGUUUCAUCCUGAAAAUGAACCAUAAAUAUAUUCCUGCUCUGGACAAACUCCAACGGUACAUCUACGAGAAGCAGACUCUGAACGCCUUGUUCUCCAACAAAUACACCUGGGUCAAGUACAAUCCUCUGAAGUCCCUGAUCAUAAACGCGGACUGGCUCUUGUUUGGGUCACCCAUUGAGAAUCUUUGCAAACAAAUCCCCUUGUACAAGGGGGAAGUGGUUGAAAAGAAAGAUGAUGUUGGCGCUGAAGGCUGUGUGAAGGCUGGGCUCCUGGGCCUCUUGGGAAUUUCCAUCUGUACAGAUGCUCACUUUUAAACAUCAGCCCACUGGUUUUAUUUUUUUAAUGAGUUUCAUUCUUGGUUUUCACUCAGCAAUCAAAUUAAAUUCUUUUCCACUGCUCCAACUGAUUUUAAGAUUCAGUAGUAAAACAUAAACACUAUAUUAUC